AUGGCCAUCCACGGUCCUCAGAAAGAAGACAAGCGACAUGCCAAAUGGCGGGUGAAGGGUCAACGGAGAAUGAACGCCGAGCGUGGAUGCCAGCGAUGCAAUGGCGUCGCCAUUGGCACUGUACUCGUGCAAGAUGACUUUCGAUUUGUUAUUCAAAUAAUCAUGCAUAUUAGUGAGCAGUUCCCGCGCCAACACCUGCCCUUUGCUGCCCUGCAAUACAUUCAACGGGUUGCCACGGUCGUAACCCAGGGUAAAAUUAGAGACACAAAUGGAGACUUGACAUAG